AUGUCCAGAAGCGGCACGGUGGUAGAUGCCCCAGUAAGCGAGUCGGAGCAUGUCACGAUGACCGCCGGGCGACGAACAAGCGUGAGCACACUAGAAGAAGGGGACGUGCAUUCAGAGCCACACGACACCAGUACUGAAAGAAAGCAUCCAGGUGAAGAGCAGCAGCAUCAGGGCAGGCCUGUGGCGUCUGCAACGAGGUUGACACAUCGAAGAGGAGACAAUGGUGAGCAGCACAGACGAUCCAGUGGUGGAGCAGCAGCAGCGGCGGGAGGGGCGGAUUCGCCUCUCAUUACAGACAACGCAUCCGAGGGAAACGAUGAGAGUAACAUCAAGGCGGAAGAAUCCGAGGGAGGGCGACUCCGAAAAAAACAUCUGUACGACCUUACUCUCACGCUGCUUGAAGGGAUAAACUUUGGCCAACGUCCCCGCUGCUAUAAUCCAGCGCGGAUAGGAAUCUGGAUGACGUCUUCUGGUGGCCGAGAAAGUAAAGGAGACCGCCGGACGGGAACGGGGGGUUCAUUUGAAGAAGAGCUGGAAGCGGAGCGCAUACUUCUGCACAUGUCUGUGAGGGCGUUUCAGUCCAGAAGACACGUCAGGCGCCGUGGUUUCGAUGGAGACAACAAGAUUCGUCGGACGGACUGGUUCUCUGGUCCGCGCCUGACAGAGGGGGAGAGCGUGACUACUGCGGAUCUGGACGUGGAAUAG